AUGCAGCAUACAACGAAACAGUUUCUUCGCCAGUCGAUUCUCCGCAGGCUGGAUGGUCUUGUAUCCCGACUCACAGACUAUCAAGUGCUUAAAGGUAAACCAGCUCAAAUAGCAGAACAUGAGAUUUCCAACAUUUGUUGGCUGGUCAGCGAGGUAUUCCUGGAGGACCCAGUCUUCAUUGAAAUUCGACUUACUCCUUCGCUUUACAUAAUUGGUGAUAUUUAUGGCCAGUAUUGCGACUUAUUGAGAAUAUUCAACGUUCUUGGGCAUCCUCCAAACCAGAAAUAUCUAUUUCUCGGAAAUCUGAUAGACAGAGGAAGCCGAUCAAUUGAAACCUUGACUCUUCUAAUGGCAUAUAAGCUGCUUUACCCGCAUCAUAUCUAUUUACUUCGCGGCAAACAUGAGUGCGAAUAUGUUUCUAAGCAAUAUGGUUUUUAUGAAGAAUGUACCAAGCGUUUCUCCUGUCGAUUGUGGCGUUCUAUAGUCUCGGCUUUUGACUACAUGCCAUUAAUGGCUAGCAUUGAAGACCGUAUAUUUUGCUCAUCUGGUGGACUCUCACCAAUGCUAGAAUUUUCCGGUGUAAGAACGCUAAAUGAUUUUAAGGUAAGAAGUAAUUUUUAA